CAGAAUUGAAUCCGUUGUCAAAAUCUUCUUUUCCAUCCUAAUUUCAUCAAAUAUUUGUUGCCCCAGUAACUAAGGAUAGAAAACGGGCUGUUUGGCCGAGUUCUUCGAGUCCUGCAGCCUACCGCGGAGCGAAGCGCCGGGUGGAUCAGUAGUGAAGGGUGAUUUUGACCAAUCGCAGAUUUGUUCGUCGAUCCUUUUGUGGAACCUGGAUUCGGCCCGCUCGCCUUCCAGUAGACCAUCAAUCAAUAUGGAAGAUGCCAAAGAGGUCGUUGCCAAGCAUCGCUGGAAUGGCUAUGAACGAUUGAAACGCGCUGUGCGAAAAUUCCUCGGGAAUAAGAUUGACCGCCGUCAGCUGCAAGAAGCGACGGAUCAGAUUGACGCCUCGGAAACCAAGUUUCCGACGGUUGCUAUCACCAAGUUGAGUGUGGAGGACGUUCGACGAUCCCUCCAGCUUGAACUAGAUUUUGAGGACGGCGAGAUGCAAGGCGUGCAGCCGCUCCCCCUUCCUCCCCGCCUCGUGAGUACCCUUGGCCUAAUCAAAGAGGCCAUUGGUAACUCGAGAAUCAACGAGGCCAGAGCACGCUGGGUUGUUGAUGCCGUUAUCCAUCAUGCGUAUAAGGCGGCAACCACUGACAUCAAAAAUGCACAGCCUUUAAGUGUUCAGUGUGAACGGACCUACCAAUUCGGCCCAGUGUGGCUGGACCGCAAGAAGGUCAUCUUGAGUGGCCGACCAGACUACAGUGUCUGGUACGGAGUGAGUGAGGCUUUGUGCCUCAAUGUGUUAAUUGUUAAGGCAAAGGGGUCGCCCAAGGCGACAAACCCGAUUGCCCAACUGCUCGGGUACAUGGGCUGUAUUCACCGAGCCCGCAAGUCAGAGGGCAAGCGCAACUGUGGGGUGUAUGGAAUGGCCUCCACCGGCGAUACUUGGACUUUCCUGAAAAUCAGCAACGACUCCAAGUGGGCAGAAUACCCGGUUGCGGGCCGUCAAGGCCAUCUGGAGAAGCCAUUUGGCUUGCUUGUAUGGAUGUUGAAGAGGGCUGCUGCUCUCUCCCCUUCCCAUUCCAAAGAGACCUCCGCUGAAACGGAUGAUGAGACGGGCCCGUGCCCAAUGGAUCUUGAAUCAGCUGAGUGA